GCAACUUCUCUCCUCUAUAAAUAGGAGAGCUACAAACAUUUUACCACAUGAGAUCACGAUGGCAGACGAAAUUGAUGGUGCAAGUGUUUUGGCCCAAGCAUUAAAAGCCCAGGGUGUGGAGUAUAUGUUUGGCAUUGUUGGUAUCCCAGUCAUUGAAGUAGCAUAUGCAGCGCAGGCUCAUGGCAUCAAGUACAUUGGGAUGCGAAAUGAACAAGCUGCAUCCUAUGCAGCAUCAGCCAUUGGAUACAUGACCGGGAGACCUGCUGUGUGCCUUGUCGUCUCCGGCCCUGGGCUCAUCCAUGCCUUGGCAGGAAUGUCUAAUGCACAAGUCAACUGCUGGCCGAUGAUCAUAGUUGGUGGUAGCAGUGAGCAGCAUCAGGAGGGUAUGGGGGCCUUUCAGGAAUAUCCACAGGUGGAAUUGUGCAGGCCAUACUGUAAGUACAGUGCACGUCCCAGUAAAGUGGAAAGGAUUCCAUUCUACAUCGAAAAGGCAGUUCGACACAGUAUUUAUGGUAGGCCUGGUGUAAGUUACAUUGACCUGGCAGGGGAUAUGGUCACACAGAAAGUCAGAGUUGCAGAUCUCAGUCCGUAUGUAAAGUGUCCAGACCCCCCGAAGACAUUGACAGAUCCAGACAAAAUUAAAGAGGCCAUUGAUUUAAUUCAGUAUGCUGAGAAGCCUCUCGUCAUAAUAGGAAAAGGUGCUGCCUAUGCCAAAGCGGAGAAUUCAGUCAGACAGUUUAUAGAAUCCACCCGUCUGCCAUUUCUACCAACUCCAAUGGGAAAAGGAGUUUUACCUGAUGACCAUGACCUUGGUGUUGCUCCUGCAAGGUCAAAAGCAUUACAAGAAGCUGAUGUUAUUCUUCUGCUUGGAGCUAGAUUAAACUGGAUUCUUCACUUUGGUCUGCCACCUAGGUUUAAUCCAAACGUGAAGGUCAUUCAGGUGGACAUUUGUGCUGAGGAAAUGAACAACAAUGUGCAGAACGCCGUUUCUCUGGUCGGAGACAUAGAUGCUGUUGUGACACAGAUGAAUGAACAACUAAGCAAGAUUCCAGGUCAGUUUUAUUUCAAUCCUAAAUCCCCAUGGUGGAAAACUCUCAACAACAAAGUGCAACAGAACCAGAAGGCUGUCCAAGCUAUGAUGGAUGAUAAGAGCGAACCCCUAAAUUACUACGCAACAUACUGCGAGAUCCAAAAGUUUCUUCCCAGAGAUUGUGUUAUUGUCAGUGAAGGGGCCAACACAAUGGACAUUAGCAGGACCAUGGUUCCUAACUAUCUUCCCCGACACAGAUUAGAUGCAGGAACCUUUGGGACUAUGGGAGUGGGGUUAGGAUUUGCUGUGGCUGCCGGGAUCUGGUGCAGGGAUCAUGCACCAGGGAAGAGAGUUAUCUCCAUUCAAGGAGACAGUGCAUUUGGAUUUUCUGGAAUGGAAAUUGAAACAAUAUGCAGGUACAAGCUUCCAGUGACUCUGAUGAUUAUAAACAAUGGUGGGAUUUACACAGGGUUACCGGAGGACGUCUGGAAAUCUAUGCAGGAAGAGGACCUAACGCUGAUGUCUCCUCCGACAGCUCUGAUAGCCGCAGCUAGGUACGAAAAAAUGAUUGAGGCUUUUGGAGGCCGAGGCUACGUUGCUAAGACGACAGACGAAAUCAACAAGUAUUUGACCGAGGUCACGAAAGAUCCAGAGAGAGUGGCACUCAUUAACAUUCUUAUUAGUCCCAUGUCCAUGAGAAAACAACAGGAUUUUGAUUGGCUGACAAAGUCCAAAAUCUGUAUUGUCUACCCAAUAUCCCACAAGUCCUGCAAACAGCAGUGUUGCUCCUCCGGAGGAAAAUCCAUGAACUGCAGGAAGCUGAAGGGAAUCUGGGGACAGGCUAAUGAGGAAAAGCCCCACUCCAAAGGACCACAUACGGUCCCCCUGAAAGUGAUGCUAAUAAAGCUAAGAAAGGUAUUGAGAAGUAGACGAUAUCGUUGCAGUUGCAAAAUUCUUUUCCGUGAUAUAUUUGUCAGUCCACUGAUGGCCGACUCCUUGUCUGAGAAUGCACCAGGGAGUUCUGUAAGAGAGAAAGAGGAGGACAAAAGACCCCAGUUUGGAGGCCGAUUCCUGACAAAUCCGGAAGAUGUCUUUCAACACAAUGCAUGGGAUAAUGUGGAAUGGGAUGAAGAGCAAGAGACGAAUGCCAGACAGAAAACACGAGAACAGUUACAGUCAUCGCUACCUCCAGAAAAACAGGAGGAGUACGAGGACCUGGCUGAUGAAUACUGGAACAAAUUUUAUCAGAUCCACCAGAACCGCUUCUUUAAGGAUCGGCACUGGCUUUUCACAGAGUUUCCAGAAUUGGGACCUGAUGGAAACAAGAAUGAUGAUGUUGAGAGUGCCGCAGCUGGCAAGGAAUUUCCAGGUCACAAGGCAAAAAGGAGAAUACUAGAGGUUGGAUGUGGUGUGGGAAAUACUGUCUUUCCAAUUUUGCAAACAAACAAUGAUCCCGAUCUAAUGGUGUACUGUUGCGACUUUUCAUCUACUGCAGUUGACCUUGUGAAGGAGCACCCCGAUUACAAACCUGACACAUGUCAUGCUUUUGUGUGUGACAUCACAGAUGAGAAGGCGGAGAUUCCAUUCCCCGACCAGUCCUUAGAUAUUGUCAUAUUGAUCUUCGUGUUGUCUGCCAUCCAGCCAGAGAAAAUGCAGUAUGUACUAAAUCGUCUAGCACAGUUCCUGAAGCCCGGGGGAAGAAUAUUGUUAAGAGAUUAUGGAAGAUAUGAUAUGGCACAACUGCGUUUUAAAAAGGGUCAUUGUUUAUCAGAAAACUUUUAUGUGCGUGGAGAUGGCACUAGGGUAUAUUUCUUCACGCAAGAGGAACUAAGAGAUAUGAUGACCAGAGCAGGUCUAACAGAGGAGCAAAACCACACAGAUAGACGGCUUCAAGUCAACAGGGGGAGACAACUCAAAAUGUACAGAGUAUGGAUACAGUGUAAAUACAGAAAAUAAACAUGAAAACUAA